CCCAGUUAUAACAUCAAAAUCCCUUAGCUAUUCACGAUCAUUAUACAAUACUUACAGUAAUAUUAACUGAAGUAAAUUACCAAACUUAAUUUAUACGUAGGUUAGACAAAUUGCUGCCCCCAUUAUAUAGUAUUAAUUGAUUUAAAUUAAUCGUACAUCCGCAAACUCCAUAUAUUUUCUACUAAAAUGUAAUUAAAAUAAUUGAUCGUGAUUGGUUAUGUACACUCAAUAGCUCAUUUCAGAUCAGAAUGUAAUGAUGGCACAAGCCUUACAGUUCUUUGCAGCAGAAUUUGAAACAGUCAGUAAAACUUUGAGUUUUACACUGUAUGAAGUUUGCGUCAACCUACAUUUACAGGACCGACUUAGAACUGAAAUAUUUGAUAACUUUAAGAAGCAUGAUGGAAUUACCUGCAAAGGUGUGUCUGAAAUGAAAUUUUUAGAUAUGUGUAUUGCAGAAACUCUGAGAAAAUAUUCAGUACUUCCAUUUCUGGAUAGAACUUGCUUGCGUGAUUAUAAAGUAGAAAAUUCAGAUCUCGUCAUCGAGAAAGGUUUGGAUGUUUACAUUCAAUUGUUUGCAUUAAAUUACAAUCCUGAGUUUUUUACCCAACCUGAGAAAUACGAUCCGCAGAAAUUUGCGAACAAAUCCAAAAUCAAUAACGAAGGACUAUAUUAUGUUCCUUUUGGUGAUGGGCCUAGAAUAUUUAUUGGCAAUAGGUUUGAGUUGUUAGCUGUAAAAAUUGGUUUGGUAAGUUUAUUAUCUAAAUAUAAGCUGGAAGCAACAUCUCAAACUCCAAGGCCAAUAAAAUUCGAACCGAAAGCCCUGAUUCUACAAUCUAAUGUGGGCGUACCUUUGAAAUUUGUACCAAUUUGAUUUAUUAAAUAUAGUAACAUUUGAAGGUUAAAA